AUGGCGUCACUCAAGAGCAUCUGGACCAAUUUCUUUCCUCCUAAACCCAUGUUCACUGAGAAGAACGUGCCGAAUCUCGAAGGCAAGGUAUAUGUCGUCACAGGCUCGAACACUGGCAUUGGCAAAGAGGUCGCGAGCGUCUUAUACUCCCAACACGCCAGAGUAUAUGUCGCCGCGCGCUCGGCUGAAAGGGCAGCUACUGCAAUCGCCGAUAUUGAGAAAUUGUACCCAGACUCGAAAGGGUCGUUGGAGUUUCUGCGUCUCGAUCUCGCCGAUUUAAGUACUAUCAAGGGCACAGUUGAAGAGUUCCUGGCGAAGGAAAAUAAACUGAAUGUUCUGUUUAACAAUGCGGGCUUGCAGACGCCAAAUCCAGGCACGACCAAGCAGGGAUACGAGAUUCAGUUGGGAGUUAAUUGCUUGGGAACGUUCUUGCUCACGAAGCUCUUGACCCCCAUCUUGAUCCAGACCGCACAGGCGGAACAAUCCUACGCCAGCAACAGUGUCCGCGUAGUAUGGGUCUGCUCCGCAGGAACCGAAAUGGGCGCUGAAAAAUCCGUCGGGCUGCACAUGGACAACCUUGACUACCACAUCGCCAAGGAUGGGAUGUAUAAGUACGCAAUCAGCAAAGUCGGGGACUACCUGUACGGGGUAGAGUACGCAAAACGGCACCGGAAGGAUGGUAUUGUGAGUGUGCCAUUGAAUCCGGGCAAUUUGGCCUCGGAUUUGUAUCGCGAUCAGACAAAUUGGUUGUUUCGGAUGUUUCUCAUGUUGAUUACGCAUCCGGUCAAGUUGGGUGCCUAUACAGAAUUGUACGCUGGAGUGAGUGAGGAUGUGACGAUUGAGAAAUCGGGGAGUUGGCUGAUUCCAUGGGGUCGGUUCUAUCCCAUCAGCCAGGAUCUGGUCCAAGCGACAAAACCAGAGGACGAGGGUGGCGCUGGCACAAGCUUGAAGUUCUGGGACUGGUCCGAAGAGCAAGUCAAGAAGUUUGUCUAG